CAAAUAUUCACUCUUAUUAAUGAUAAUUUGAUGAUUUAGCUCAAUACAAUGAUGUUUGAACCUCAAUUAAUAUUAUUCCUAGAUCUAUAUGUGCAUUUAGGAUAAUCUUAAGGAGAUAACUGGAACAUGACCACGAAUUAUUAUAAUUAGAAUGAUUUACUCCUUAUUUGUUUGAGGAAGGCAUCAUAUUCAACGUUGGUAUGAACAAUUAAUUGCUAUUACUAUCAACUUCAACUUUUGUGCCAAGUCAUACCACUAGGUUAUACUGCUUUUUACCAGUUUCUCUUUUUAUCCGUCACAGAAGAUACAAAACUCCUUUUACUGUGCUGUAUAAUCCAUUUUAUAUGCCACAUCCUGAUCCGAAUCGCUUCUCCUUACAUUCACGCUCAAUAUGGAAUGUAUUUUAUGAUUUUGGAUGUUCUGUAUGAUAGGAUAUUAUUACAUGUAUUCGUGUAAGUACCGGUUACAGCUAUUGUUCUCUUAUGCCAACAUCAAAUAAAAUGUCUUCCUUGAAUAACAGCAUCAUACUCGUACGCACAUAAUACUCCGCAUUUAUUUUUCUCUUUUGUUCGAAAAUGACACUUUCAAAGAAAGUUGUAAAAUUUUGAGAAAACAGGCACCCAUGGCAAUUUCGCGAAACCUUCCGCAAACCUAUACCGCCGAUCUAACCUUUGAAGCUGUCUACAAAGACAAAGUGAAGACGAUUAGUCUGUCUGACUAUGCCAAUAAGUACGUUGUCCUAAUCUUCUAUCCGUAUGAUUUUACGAUUGUUUGUCCAACAGAGAUAAACGCAAUAUCGGACAGCAAAUCCAAAUUCGAGGAUGUCAAUUCUGUUGUUUUAUUCGUGUCCUGUGAUUCGAUUUACUGUCAUCAAGCAUGGAUGAAGGUUAGUCGAUCAGAUAAGGGCAUUAAGGGAUGCACAUGGCCGGUUAUUUCCGAUUAUGAUCGCUCUUUGUCUCAAUACUUCAACAUCUGCGAACCAGCAGGGAAUUGUGCGCGAGCUACCAUUAUACUGGAUAAGAAAAGAAAUCUUGUGCAUUUCAGUGUAGGUGAUAACAGAAUGGGACGGAACGUCGAUGAAAUUCUGAGGACAUUGCAGAUGGCCAACAGAGUGGAAAAAACAGGUGAAAUGUGUGAGUGCAACUGGAAAAAGUAAAAAAAAUGGCAUCGUAAGAUAAGUUUUUACUCGUGUCCGAUGCGCUGGUAUUAGUAUUGCCGUUUUUACACUUCUGUAAGUGGUUCCUUAAAUGCUAGAGCAGAGUGUCUAGAUUUUAUCCUGUUUUAUCGUUACUUUAAUAAUUUGCGUGCGGCAAAGCUGAGUCUUGAGCGUGAAUUGGUGGAUUGCUCGGAAGACGUGAAUACACCACUACUUUGUUUUUAUGUGCUAAGUCGAGCUUUCUAUUCGUUCCAUCCCAGAGAUGAGUGAUGUGGGACGAACAGGAGUUGCAGCUAUAUUUAAACCUAACGUGUCCUGGUAAUAGGUUUGUUUCAUACUAGAUGUUCUUAAGGCUGUAUAUCGCAUUAUUUUCGCUGUUUUGCAGUCCCAAGCAUCUCGUCUUAUGGUAUAUGUUUACACUGGCCCGUGAAGAAAGGUAAACUGGGCUUUCAUUCUUGAUUAAAGAGCCAAACUAAUAGUAAAUUACGUUUUUUGACAAAAAUAGCUCGUAUCGAUGUACUAAAGUGAUAAAUAA